CUACUGGUUUUACGCCUUCCCGAAUGAAAGGAACUUGUUCACUGGGACUGGUUGUCGGGGUCGGAAGAGGGAUACAGUGAGAAGAAGGGGCUAUCAGCUCUUUCGAUACUCCGUGAUCCAUGGCCACUCUCUCAACUUCCUCUUCUCCCCCAUGGCCGAGCCCUAAUGUCGAUUCCAAUUCAAUUCCUAGUUUUCACGCUGAUCAAUCUCAGACGCCAGACUUGGAUUCCUUCAUGGUUCGCCAAUCAACCCCGCCUCACAGUCACAAUCACUCCAUCUCUCAUCACAAGUUUAAUGAUGCUUCGCCCGAUUCCCCUGCGAUGACCACCCCUCCUACGCUGCUUCAACUCUCCUUCAACCAGGACAGAGCCUGUUUCGCCGCCGCCGCGGAUAACGGUUUUCGUAUCUACGAUUGCGACCCUUUCCGAGAGCACUUUCGCAGAGAGUUCGAUGGUGGGGGUGGCAUCGCCGGUGGGAUUGGCCACGUGGAGAUGCUUUUUCGGUGUAAUAUACUGGCACUCAUCGGAGGUGGUCCUCACCCCCAAUACCCUCCUAAUAAGGUGAUGAUCUGGGACGACCAUGAAGGCAGGUGCAUUGGCGAGUUGUCGUUCCGGGCUCCUGUUCGGGGAGUCCGGCUUCGACGAGACAGAAUAAUUGUAGUGAUGGAACAGAAGAUAUUUGUGUACAAUUUCGCGGACCUCAAGUUGCUGCAUCAGAUUGAGACGGUUGCGAACCCGAAAGGGCUCUGCGAAGUUUCGCAAUUAGCCGAUUCUCUGGUGCUGGCCUGCCCUGCUUUGCAUAAGGGCCAGAUUCGAGUAGAGCAUUAUGCGCAGCAGAAAUCCAAAUUUAUUUCGGCACAUGAUUCUGGAAUAGCUUGUUUUACUCUCACACUGGAUGGGCAGUUACUAGCUACCGCAAGCACCAAGGGGACACUAAUUAGGAUCUUUGGGACAGCUAAUGGCACGGUGCUUCGAGAAGUAAGAAGGGGUGCAAAUGCGGCGGAGAUAUAUAGUCUGGCAUUCUCUUCUACUGCUGAGUGGCUAGGAGUUUCGAGUGACAAGGGCACUGUCCAUGUUUUCAGCCUCAAGGUUAAUUCUAGUGGGCCCCAGCAUGAAAAGUCACAGAGCACAUCCAAUUCUAAUGCUGCCGUUACGCCAUCUAGGUCAUCUCUCUCGUUCAAGAACUUAAAAGGAGUAUUGCCUAAGUAUUUCAAUUCAGAGCGUUCGGUUGCUCAGUUUCACUUGCAUGAGGGCUGUCGUUACUUGGUUGUAUUUGGUCAUCAAAAGAAUACGGUCAUAAUUCUUGGCAUGGAUGGAAGCUUCUACAGAUGUCGAUUUGACCCGGUGCGCGGUGGAGAAAUGACUCAGCUGGAAUGUCACAACUUUUUAGAGCCAGAAACAGGUUUUGAGACGAUAUGAGAUACAAGCCUCAAGCCUGUGAUGACAUUUCAAUGGUUGCGUUUCAGCCUUUAGUUAGUGUGUCUCUACUUAAUAAUGUAAAAUGUCUAACUCUACUAAGGUACUGCGUUCUAACCUGAAUGUAGGCUUAAGUGUAAGUAAUGUUGGCCAGUACAUAUUUCUGCGGUGUCAACCAUGUUGUUUCCGUUGAAACAUCUAUGAUAUAAUACAUUAUACGUAUACAAUA